AUGGAAACAGAAGGAGAGGUUGCAGGGCAGGUUGGCGGAGAGACUGGCAUGGGAGUGCAAACAGGUGGGGUGGUAACGCAGGUUAGGGAGGGCAGUAGUGUCAGGAGCUGCGGAGGGAAAGGGAAGGAGGUACUAGGAUAUGCUGAAGAUACUGCAGCAGGGGGACUGGUGGGAGAAGGUGUGGGUCAGACAAUGCAGAGAGAGGGAAGACCUGGAGAAUUAAAAGGGGCCUUUGCGGUGCGUCACAGGCCGUUUGGAGAGGGAUCAAGUAGUGAAGCGGCGGCGAGCUUUGCGGUGCCUCGGAGGCUGUUUGGAGAGGGAACAAGUAGGGCUGAGGGGAAGGCGGAGGAGGAGAAGGCGGAAGAGGAAGAGGAAGAGUACGAGGAAGAGGACGUGGGAGGGGAGGGGGAGGAAGAGGAGGAAGAGGACGCGGAGGAGGAGGGGGGGGAGGAGGAGGAGGAGGAGGAGGAGGAGGAGGAGGAGGAGGAGGAGGAGGAGGAGGAGGAGGAGGAGGAGGAGGAGGAGGAGGAGGAGGAGACUGGGAUGAUAACUGGACUGGGGAUGUUGGGAUUGGACGCACUGGGAGCAGACCUGAACGGGCUUGAGGAUAUGAAAUUUGAGGAGAUGGAUUUUGAGGGUUUGGAAGACGGUGAGGAGGAGUGGAGCUCUUUACUUGCAGAGCAGCUUGCUCAGCAGCUGGGGGCAAUUGAUGAGACGGAUGGGGCUGGAGAGAGUGGGGUUGGUGCUUCAAAAGGCACGGAGGGAGUGCAAGUAAGAGAGAUGAGAUCAGAGGAAGAAAGCAGUGGAAGCAGAGAGACUUCAGACGGGGAACGGGCAAUGGAGGAGGGCAGUGCGAUGGUGGAGGAGGGUGCGAUGGAGGAGGGUGCGAUGGAGACGGGGAUGGGAAUAGACGAGUGCUUGGUAGGUCAUGCUUCUCGUGAAAUUAGGGCAUCAAUGAUGACGGGAAUGGGGGCAUCUGGUCAGCACUACCAGCUGCAUGGCGCCAAGGAUUCGGCUCGCGAAAGUAGUCGUCUGAGCCAAGGAAAGCAACAGGGACGAUGGGGCAAGCAGGGUGACGAUGACAGUGUGGCGGCAGAUGUGGCUGUAGCCGGUCCGUCCGGUCGUCUAGGUGUGGAGCCAAUUCAUACUUCAGUAGGAAUCUCAGCACUAGCGGCAGGGCAGGAUGCAGUAACAGGGGAGCAGGUGUUGGCAGUGCAGCAAGCGUUGGCUAGGCCGCAAACAGCAGGGCUGCCAGUCCCAAGCGCACGACAAGCCGUUUCAUGGGGUUUCAGUGUCGAAGUGUCCGGGGGAUUUGUCACGCCUGGUGAGGAUGGUUCCCUGCAAGGAGCAAGAGAGGAGAUAAAGGUACCCAACAUGAUAGCAGGAUCAGCUUCAGGCCUGCCUUCUAGUUGGCAUGCUGAGACGAUGCACUAUGCACAUGCCAUGAUGUCUCCUUUUGGGCCGUUUCCAGGGCCUGAUAUGAGCGCAAGCCCUUGGACCGAGCCUCAACCCAAGCCUGAUUCCAAACCUCCUUCCAAACCUGUACCUCCGGUGCUCCGUAGGCACACUGUAUCUUUCCCGCUGGCGCCACCGGUAGUCAGUUCUUCAACCCCAGAGUCCCAGCCCUGUGUGGGAAACACAGGUGGUGUGAGUGGUACAAGUGGUGCUGGUGUUGCUGGUGGUAUGGGUGUUGUUGGUCCAAUGUAUGGUGUAGCUGCUGCAGAUUUCAACAUGGGUAGAGAGAAAGGCAAGGAUUUUUCCGUGAAGGCUGCUGCCGGUGAUGCUGGUGACGCUGAUGGUGUUGCACCUGUUGGGGGUGUGCCUGGUGUGGCCGGUGAUGAGGGUGUCUCUGGUAUUGCUGCUGGUGAUGCGGGUGUCUCUGGUAUUGCUGCUGGUGAUGCGGGUGUCUCUGGUAUUGCUGCUGGUGAUGCAGGUUUCUCUGGUAUUGCUGCUGGGGUUGAUGUGUCUGCGUUGGCAUCCUCCCCACCCAUCUCUUUCGAACCGAAGUCAACCAUCCGUCUGCACAGGACAGAUGGCGCAGCAGAAGCAGCAGCAGCAGCAGCAGCAGCAGCAGCAGCAGCAGCAGCAGCAGCAGCAGCAGCAGCAGCAGCAGCAGCAACAGCAGAGCUGCAACUGCUGCUUCAGCAUCACGAGCAGCUCACUCCCUUCCAGUGUCAUCUGCCUUUCCGCAGUCAGUCCACUCCCCCCAUAACACCUACCACUCUCACCUCUGCUUUGACAUCCUGUCCCGGUGUUGCUAAUGAUGUUGCUUCUAUCGCUGCUAGGAACGCUGGGGCUGAAGCUGCACUCUCCCACUCGCACCGCCCUCCUUCCCCCGCCACUUCACCAACCAACUUCAACGGAACACCCAGCUUGCAUGAACGCUGCAACACAGAGAAUUGUGGGGCUGAUGCAUCACAGCAUGAUACCUUGGAGCAUGGUGGCCCUCAGAACAUCAACAUCUCCGAAAAUGGCGGUGCUGGCAGCAGUGGAGGAGAUGUCGAAAUGCAAGAACCUGCAAAAGAGGGCUUCAUGCCUGCAUACAAUGCUGGUGCUACUGACCAGCCUACUGCUGAUCUCAAUUCUCUUACUCAGCCCUCAGCCAACCUGUUGCUUCUAAGGGACACGGAACACUCUGCACUUGGUGCCUGGGGUAUCACCUCCCCAUCUUCUCGCAUCCAGGGGGCAGCCUAUCGCAGCUUCGAGAAUCAUAUCAGUGCGGCCCCUUUGAUGGAGCAGUUGGGAGUCACCGGAGUAGGAUUGGAGGUUGAAGGAGAGGGGAUUUAUGCAGGAGAUGUGUCGCAUACAGGGGGGUUUGGGAAUGAAACAUCACCUGCCCCUGGUGUAGGAACCUACACCAUUGAUGCGCUUGAGAGGUUCUUGAUGGAUAAUGGGGAGCAUAUGGAAUAG